AUGACUUUUGACAAUUUAUCAAUCGUAUCCGAACCUAAAUUAUUCAUUUCUGUGAGGGAUAGAUUAAAUUCGUUUACAGAAUCAGUAUUCUCAUGGCCGAUUGAGUCAACUUCUCAUCUUUCAUCAAGCGGAAGAUAUCACAGCUCGUUAUAUCAAGAUGAACUAGAGUCAACAGUGACUAGAUUCACAAAUCAUAAUUCUAUGAGACUGGUCCCUAAGUAUAUCAUCAUCCUCAUUGGUCUACCGGCAUCUGGGAAAUCUACAGUUUCAAAACAUCUAGUUAAAUACCUACGUGAUACAAGGGCUACAACCAAUAUCCGCUGUAAAACCUUCAAUGCUGGUGAUGUGAGGAGAAAACAGAAAACUAUGGAGUUAACCGAUGAUCCAACAAAAGAUAUUUUCGAUCCAAAGAAUAGUGAUAAGAAAGAGGAAUAUGCACGCACUGCAUUUAAUGAGGCUUUAGCUGAUUUAGAUAAUGAUAUUUGUGAUGUUGGAAUAUUUGAUGCUACAAAUUCAACUAAACAAAGAAGAAAAUAUUUAUUCAGUGAAAUUAAAAAUUUCAACCGCAAAGUAAAGUCAAAAAUUUCCAUAUCACCUAUAAUUCUUCACGUAACGUGUUCGGAUAAGAAAUUUAUCAGAUACAAUAUUCAUCAAAAGUCAUCUAAUGCAGAUUAUUUCGACAAACAAUAUGAUCUCUCUGUGAAAGAUUUUGCAAAGAGAUUAAAGCAAUACUAUACCCAAUUUUCCCCGUAUACGAUGGAUGAAUUUAACCAUAUAUUAUCACCUUCAUUGCAUGACAGUCAUCAUGGUACAUUUUAUUUCCACGUAGCUAAUGCAGGUUUGACCUCUACUACAAACAUUGUCGAAUACUCAAACUUUGCUUCACUCGAAACAAGAAAUUUGAUCAAUACAUUACAUCAUUUUACAUCAGAUUAUGUUGCAAUGUUUGGGUCACAAUAUAUCUCUAAAGUGAAGAAUUUCUUCACAUUUUCCGAAAUAGUUAACUCAAACAAACUUAAUAUUAGAAAAUCGUUUAAGCAAUUCUCAAGAUUGAAACUAUUAAAUCGUGUUAUCAAUGAUAAUUAUUUUAAGAAACUCAAAAAUUUUCAUUUAAUUAAUAACAUAACACAGAGGGAUCAGGAACCUUUCAGGUUUCAGCUCCAAUUCUACGACAACCAGGUAUCUCAAUAA